GUGGCCGCUCGGUACAUGGACGUCAAGGGGAAAAAAGGGCCGGUGGGAAUGCCCAAGGAGGCAACCUGUGACCGUUUCAUGUGCAUCCAGCAAGGCUCAGAGUGCGACAUCUGGGAUGGGCAGCCCGUCUGCAAGUGCAAGGACAGGUGUGAGAAGGAGCCGAGCUUCACCUGCGCCUCCGACGGGCUCACCUACUACAACAAGUGCUACAUGGAUGCAGAAGCUUGCAUCAAAGGCAUUACACUGAACGUGGUCACCUGCAGGUACCAUCUCACCUGGCCAAACACCAGCCCUAUCCCACCAGAAACAACAGCUCGCCCAACUACUGCCUACUCCGAGACAACGGUCGUCGACAUCCUGCCACCCGCGCUCGUGAACAACCCUGUCCAUCAGUCUGUCUACGUGGGAGAGACCGUCAGCUUCCUCUGUGACGUUACAGGGAGACCCAAGCCAGAGAUCACGUGGGAGAAGCAGGUCGAUGGGAAAGACAAAGUCAUCAUGAGGCCAAAUCACGUCAGAGGGAACGUCGUGGUCACCAACAUCGCCCAGCUGGUCAUUUACAACACGCAGCUGCAGGACGCGGGAAUCUACACCUGCACCGCCCAGAACAGCGGUGGCCUCCUCAGGGCUGACUUCCCUUUGUCAGUCAUCAAAGGAGAACCCGCAUCCAAAGAGGCUUCCCAAAACAAAACACAUUUCCCAACCGAUGAGUGCCUGAAGCAACCGGACAGCGAAGACUGCGGGGAAGAGCAGACCAGGUGGUACUAUGAUGCAAAGAAAAACAACUGCUUUACUUUCAUCUAUGGGAACUGCAACAGCAACCUCAACCACUUUGAGACCUAUGAGAGCUGCAUGUUAACGUGCAUGAAUGGCCCCAUCAACAUCUGCAACCUGCCAGCCCUCCAAGGCCACUGCAAGGCCUACGAGCCCAGGUGGGCCUACAACAGCUUGACAAAGCAGUGCCAGUCCUUCAUCUACGGCGGGUGUGGAGGCAACGAGAACAACUUCGAGAGCCGGGAGGCCUGCGAGGAGAUGUGCCCCUUCCCGAAGAACACGCACUGCAAAGCCUGCAAACCCCGCCAGAAGCUGGUGACGAGCUUCUGCAAAAGCGACUUCGUCAUCCUGGGCCGCAUCACGGAGCUCACCGAAGACCAAGACUCGGGGCACGCCCUGGUGACGGUGGAGGAGAUUCUCAAGGAUGAAAAAAUGGGAUUAAAAUUCCUGGGGAAGGAACCCCUGGAAAUCACGCUCUUGAACAUGGACUGGAGCUGCCCGUGUCCCAACAUGACCACGGUGGAUGGCCAGCUCAUCAUCAUGGGGGAUGUCCACAACGGCAUGGCUGUGCUGCAGCCAGACAGCUUUGUGGGGACCUCCAGCAUCCGGCGCGUGCGCAAGCUCCGCGAAGUCAUCCACAAGAAAACCUGCGAGCUUUUGAAAGAGUUCCUGGGAUUGCAUUAACCCCCCUCACACGUGUGUUACGUAGGGCUAACAAGAGCUAGGCUAGUGCACAAACUAAAGCGCUGUUUGAAGGUACACCGUAGGAAUUAUGCAGAACCCCUAUUUUAAUCCACUAAUGAUGCUUAGCAACAACGUAGUUUGGUCUUUGGCAAGCACGUAAACCAGCAGCAAAAGGCUAUUAAUCUUGCAUUGAAAUCAAUUCGUCCAUAUAGGAGUGCCAUUUAAAUAGGUGACUCACUGCAGUAAUUAGGCAAUUUUUAUGUAGCUUCCAUCAUAAAUGACGGAAUUCAUAGCGUUUGUUUGGCUAGUCGGUACACAGCUAAAUAAUAUAUAAUGUCAAUUUAAUCUGUCUCAUUUUCAGUCUGGAAAUGUGAUGGUAUGUCGUUGUAAGUAAGUCACAUGCUUGGCUCCUUAUAGCAGCACUAAUAUUUCAAGAGAAAAGCCUGUAAAUUAUUGUCUGUAUUUACAAUUGUGAACAUUUAAC